AUGACUUUUAUUGGGCUGGGCGAGUCCAUUCCGGCCGACACGGCUCAUGCCGUGAGCGUGUCUUUGCCGACUUGGAAAGCAAAUGUUGGCUACGAGGAGGGUGAGGCAUGGGUUCUUUCAAAGAUGGUCACCGGCUACCCGAGAUUCUUCAUCCACAACCUCAUCAAGGCAUUUGCCGCGAGUAUCGUUGCACGUUUUGGUCAGCCUGGUCAGACGGCCAUUCUUUUCCCCAGCCGCGCGGCCGCCGCCCGGUGCAAGGCUUUCAUCGAGAAGCAUGCCACGGAGCCUUCGUCCUUGGACGGCCUCCAUGUCGUCCACCUGGCCCUUGAUUCGUCCAAGCCGGAAAGCGCAUCGUUCCAGACACUGGCGCCAACUAUCUCGGCCGUUACCAUGCAACCGAGUGCAUUCCCCUUUGCCAAGCAAUAUUGGCAACACUCCGGCGAUGGUGUGUCAAGUCGCCGUGCUGAAUACUGCCACAAGCUGUUCAGCGAGGGCCUGUUGGUACGAGUGGAAGACGACGGCCCUGUAUUUGGUGCGGUCACAUUGCCUCCGUCGGCCACUGCGUCUGCCCCGAGCCCUGCGCCCCAAGUGGUGCCCGACGUGAAGCCAUUCCGUGGUCCUAAACGGUACCGCCGACCUGUGUCGCAGAGCGAGACUCUAGCCACUCCCAUUGCACCCACCGCGUCACAGAACACCACCAACCCAGCUGCCACGGCUAUUAAUGGAAACAGCAACGGCCACGGCAACAGCCGCCCUGCUUCGCCAAACAGUGGCGCCGGCGAAGAAGACGAGGAAGAGACAGCAAGAUUCCUUGAGGAGCGUUUUGGGCGGAAUCUUGACCUGUCGUUCGUCCACCGUGCCAAAUCUGCCAUAAUACGGCGCAUCACUGGUGCUAUGACAGCCGACAACGAUGUUGACCUCGAACAAAGCCGCGCACCGCCGACGCCCGCCUCGGCCACUGUGGAUGUCAAAUUCCGCGGUGUUGCGGACGUCCGGGAGGACGAUGUCUACCUGUUUCCCUGCGGCAUGAAUGCCAUCUUCAGCGCUCACCGGUUCCUGUUGCGUGCACGCCCGGACCAUGCCCACCUGAAAAGCAUCAACUUUGGGUUCCCAUAUGUGGACACACUCAAAAUUUUGGAAAAGUUUGGCGCCGGCUGCCUAUUUUACGGCCACGCAUCCGAGGCCGACCUCGACGAUCUCGAGAAGCGUCUGAAGGAGGGCGAGCGCUUCCUUGGCCUCUUCUGCGAGUUCCCUGGCAACCCACUGCUGACGUGCCCGAACCUGGUUCGCAUCCGCAAGCUCGCCGACGAGUAUGAUUUUUGCGUUGUGGUCGACGAGACCAUAGGCACUUUUGCCAAUGUCAACGUGCUGCCCUUUGCGGACAUUGUGGUCAGCAGCCUGACCAAGAUUUUCUCGGGCGAUUGCAACGUCAUGGGUGGAAGUCUUGUCCUGAACCGUCAUCAAAAGGCCAUCUAUGCCAAACUAAAGGAGGCUGCCACCGCCGAGUAUGACCCCGACUCCUACUGGCCCGAAGAUGCCAUCUUCAUGGAGCGCAACAGCCGCGACUUUGCCACGCGCGUUGACCGAAUCAACGCCAACGCCGAGGCCAUCUGUGAUGUUUUGCGCGCGAGCCCUCUGGUCAAACAGCUCAACUACCCCAAGUACGGCCCCACCCGCGCCAACUAUGAGGCCUGUCGCAUCGGUGCCGCGUUGGAAGGCCCCGCGUCCACCGGUGCUGCUCACCGCAUCGGUGGCUACGGUGGUUUGCUGUCGUUCAGCCUCCAGACCAAGGCCCAGGCCAUUGCCUUUUACGAUGCCGUCGAAACGGCCAAGGGUCCUUCCCUAGGUACAAAUUUCACACUGACGUCUCCCUAUGUCGUUCUGGCACACUAUCAGGAGCUGGACUGGUGUGCCAGCUUGGGCGUCGACCCGGACUUGAUCCGUGUCAGUGUUGGCUUGGAGGAGGAGACUGCGCUGCGCAAGUGCUUUGAGAGAGCUCUGGCGGCGGCGGCGGCGGCGGCACCGGCGGCACCAGCGAACACCCGCUGA